GCUCAGUUCUUUCCUUUCCUUCCUUUCUGUCGCCAACCGUCACCAGCUCCUGACUCUUCACCCUUUACACCACCACCUUUUCUUCUAUCCAACAACAGUAGUUAUCGUCAGUCAAGAUGGUUUUGGCUCAGGAUCUCCUCAACCCCUCCGCUCAGUCAGAACUUAAGAAGCACAAGCUGAAGCAGCUCGUUGCCUCGCCCAGAUCGUUCUUCAUGGACGUCAAGUGCCCCGGAUGCUUCAACAUCACCAUUGUUUUCUCGCACGCCCAGACCGUCGUCAUCUGCGGUUCGUGCUCUACAGUCCUUUGCCAGCCGACCGGUGGUAAGGCUCGUCUUACCGAGGGCUGCUCUUUCCGCAAGAAAUAAAUGUGGCAACGACAGAGCGAUUACGCCGGCUGCUCUUCUAUCUUGUAGAAAGAGUAUGCUGAGUAAGGUAAUCAAAUGUCAGGAUCAAAAAAAGCACAUUUAUGACACUACGAAAUAAAAAAAAGACUAAAACACAGGGGAAAAAUUGUUUCUUGUUAAUUCUAUACAUGGUUUGCACAUCUUUUGUAUUUAUAUUGGUUUGUUUAAUAAAACGGCAUUACCAUUUAGAA